UUGGCUGGGCGGGACAUGGCCUGGUGGCCGAUUGGAUCGUCUCUCUUUGCCAGUUCAGAGGGCUCGGGUCUGUUCAUCGGUCUGGCGGGGACGGGAGCUGCCGGAGGCAUCGCUGUCACCGGCUUUGAAUGGAAUGCCACCUAUGUGUUGCUGGCUCUAGCCUGGGUAUUUGUGCCUGUCUACAUCUCCUCAGGGAUCGUGACCAUGCCAGAGUAUCUGGGACGUCGUUUUGGAGGAGAGAGGAUCAGAACCUACCUGGCUGUCCUCUCGCUGAUGUUGUCCGUCUUCACAAAGAUUUCAACUGACCUGUACUCUGGAGCCUUGUUUGUUCAGGUGUGUCUCGGAUGGAACCUGUACCUGUCUACUGUCCUCAUGCUGGUGGUCACUGCGCUCUACACCAUUGCAGGUGGUCUCGCUGCUGUCAUUUACACAGACACCCUCCAGACGUUUAUCAUGCUCGUUGGUGCAAUUAUCCUAACAGUUACUGCUUUCAAUGAGAUUGGUGGCUACAGCCAGCUGGCCGAGCGGUACAGCAGAGCGAUACCCAGUAAAAUUAUUCCCAACAGUACCUGCCACCUGCCACGGAAGGACGCCAUGCACCUGUUCAGAGAUGCCGUCACCGGAGACCUUCCCUGGCCCGGGAUGACUCUGGGGCUCACCAUACUGGCCACAUGGUACUGGUGUACCGACCAGGUUAUCGUACAAAGGUCCCUAUCUGCUAAGAACAUGAGUCAUGUGAAAGGAGCCUCCAUCUUUGCCGCCUAUCUAAAGAUAUUGCCCUUUAUCUUCAUCGUCCUCCCUGGGAUGAUCAGUCGAGCUCUCUACCCCGACUCUGUAGGCUGUGUGGAUCCAGAGGAGUGUGUGCGAGUGUGUGGAGCUGAGGUUGGAUGCUCCAACAUCGCUUUCCCCAAACUGGUCAUUGAACUCAUGCCAAGCGGCCUGCGGGGACUCAUGAUAGCUGUGAUGAUGGCCGCUCUGAUGUCUUCGCUGACCUCCAUCUUCAACAGCAGCUCCACGCUCUUUACCAUGGACAUUUGGAAGAAGCACCGGCCACGGGCCUCUGAGAGGGAACUGCUGCUGGUUGGCAGGAUUGUGACCGUUAUCUUGGUGGUGGUGAGCGUGGUCUGGAUCCCCAUCCUCCAGUCAGCCAACAGCGGGCAGCUGUACGUUUACAUCCAGUCGGUGACGAGCUACCUCGCUCCACCCGUCACUGCUGUUUUCACUCUGGCCGUCUUCUGGAAGAGGACCAAUGAGCAGGGCGCCUUCUGGGGGCUGAUGGUGGGUUUGGUGGUCGGCGUGUGCAGGAUGGUGCUGGAGUUUGCCUUCCCUCCUCUCAGAUGUGGCGUUGAGGAUUCGGCACCUGCGGUGCUACGUAGUGUCCACUACCUCCACUUCGCCAUUCUGCUCUGUGGGCUCACGGCAAUUGUGGUUGCUGUUGUAUCACUGCUUACACCACCCCCCACCCACGAACAGGUGUGUAACCUGACCUGGUGGACAAUAACUGAAGAGCCAAAAAGAGACAUUCCUCUGCAAAAAGAGACUCCAGCUCCCAGAGUCCCCAGCAUUCGAGAGAACGUGUUGUGGUCGAGGUUUUGCUGUUUCAAUGCUCUCCUGCUGGUCAGCAUUAACAUUUUUCUCUAUGCAUACUUUGCCUGAGGUGAGGUCAGAUUUAACAUCUGGCCUCAGCUGAACUGUAGUCCCUCCAACACGAGCUGGAAAGUGAUCCCUCUAGAUCCAAGAAUGUGAAGAAACAAACAGGUUUUUGCUCAGAUUUCACUCGAAUCAUUAAGACAUCGACUCACAGUGUAAAGCCGGUAGAUGCCGGUGGACAGCACAGCACACAUCUCCAUUAAAACAGUUAAAUUUAGAUAAUAAUCAUUAUGACAAUAAUGGGCAAAUGCCAUGGAAAUAAAACGUUGAAGUGUGUGGAUUAUAACAAACCAACGUAAAUAAAAGGGCAUCAAACAUCACCUUUAAUUUAAAGCUUCACAAUAUGCAGUGAGAGCACAUCAGUGUGGUUCAGGCUCUGCAUGUGACAUAAUAUUGUUGCCUAGAAACGGCAUGCUCAGUGUUGAUUAUUUAGUUAUGUUUAGAGCUUUGUGUGAAUGUUUGCACUAAAUGUUCUUUUGAUUUAUCAUUUUAUUUACAUGAUUUAUGAAUUUUAAUCAGAAUUUCUCACACAUGACCUAAAGUUGUUAUAUUGAAGUCUUUACCAAUGGAAGCGAUGGAACAGUGAGUGUAGCUCCAAAUGCAUCCCAAUGAGAAAUAAUGAGAAAUUUCAUGUUCAUUUUAUCAGUAGUAAUAUUUCCAUGUGGUCCUGUAAUCUUUUUUUCCAGGUGAUAUCAAAACUAAACUGA